UGGUUCUCGAGAUGCUACAAGAAUCAAAUAGAUUUUUUGUCCUGAAAUUCGAGUAGUAGUUCACAGCAGACAUGACAUAAAAUAUUAAUUUUUUCCAUAUUAAAUAAAUUUCAUAUGACGAUCCCUUGCUAUAGCUGGAGAAUCAAUGCCAAAUUUUUUAAACCAACUGCACCUUGAGUCGGAGUUUGAUACAAAAUAGUACUUGUACUAGUAUAAAAAUCGUAAUGCUUAUAAUUGACCAUAGAGAGAGAACUGAGCGAAUUAUAUAAAACUUUUGGCACAUCCCUAGCUAGAAGGAUAAUAAAAUCGUUCGAGCGGUUGAUUGAUAGAAUAAAUAUCUCCCGAACCUAUAAAAGAAAAAUUUCGACGCGUUUCCUGCAGUUCAACUAACGGCACAGCUUGUAAUAUUUCAAAAGAAGAUGUCCUCAUCAUCGUCAUCAUCCUUUUCACACUCGAAGAAUUCGGCGUUUACGCCCUACAGCCGGUACGCCGACAAGUCACCGUGCAUCGUACCAAAGGAAUGGAAAGAAUAUCCACAGCAAACUUUGAAGACAACACUCCAAACCAACCUGGUCAGCCAUUGGAACACCUUCAGAAAAGUAGAAGGCGCAGUUGUACAAAUGGGUGAUGUAGCAGCUAAGCUGGAGUACAAUGACAAACGGUUGUGGAUGAAACGUUAUGGUGAUGUCAGAAGUAAACCACACCCUCAAGAAUACGCUCUCACUUACGUGGACAAAUACGGUCCGCAGAAAUAGAGGUACAAUGUUAAUUAUUGAUCUAUUGAAUUUAUGUAAUCUUUUCAUGAUAUCUUUUGGUUGCUGGACGAGGCGUAGGCAGAAUGCUUUUUUAAAAGAUAUUCCUUGUGAUAUUUUCUUUUAUUUUAUGGUCAUUUGAAUAUAUUUUUUAUAUAAUCGAGAGUCUUCUUAUUUGCAUCCCAUCCAAACGAUUGAUAAACUCUACUCGGUGAUCGAGGUAAAUGACCGCUCAAUUGACGACAUGAUACAGCCAUUCACAAUCAAAACUAUGGUGCUAAUAGUUAUGAAUGAAAAUGACCUUCUAGUGAUGAAGUGUUAAUUAAAUCGUUAGAGCACAUGGAUUUCGCAAUAGUAUUUAGGGCGAUCCUCAAUUGACAACUUGUAAAAUUGGAAUCCAACACGUGCCAUUAGUCCGUAGUUAGUAGAAAUGGAAGAACAAAAAGCACAAAAAACAAUAUUUAUUCAUUUUUCCAAAUACAUUGAUCACUUUGACCCUUCUUCAGACCAGUGGUAUCAUUUGCUAUUUUCUCAAGCUCACGACACACCAAAUGAAGUUCAAAAGACUUUUCACUUUCCUGAGAUUGUUGUGUCUUUUGAGACGCUGCUACUGAUGUCCAUGACUUAGCACGAACUAGUCCGGAUUUCCAUGGUGUAGAAAAGGCGCCACGAAUUCUUGCGCAGGAUAUCCUGUUGCGACCGAUGCUCAAGUAGGCUCCAGUCGCAGUUUUUUUUGCAGCAAAGUAUUCAGCCAUUAUGAUUUUAUAACAAAUGUCGUGGACAAUACUGGGCACCGACGUCCUUUCAGCUGAAGCACAGCAAUCGGAAUGUGAUACUACUAUGAUGACCUACAUUUUAUACUUCUGUUACAUGGAAGGCAAACGAAUUCAAUUCCAUUAGUUAAAUGGGGGAA